ACUCAGGCAUAUACACACACUUUCAUGAGGACACCGGAGGACUAUUAUUUUUCCCCCAGCUAAAUUCUAGUCGUUUUAAUCUGCUCCGUAUAAAGCGUUUAGUCAUGCUCGUGUCUUUCGGUUUACUGCAAUUUCUAACAGCCUAACUAAAGUUGCAGAGUGUCAUUUUUAUUAAGCCGUCAAACUUCACAGCGUAUAUAUUUAAACCCAUUUUCUCAGGAGUAAAAUAAUCGCAUUCCGCGUGAUAAACGGACAGAAGCUCUUCCUACGGAAAGCAGCGGGUUGGAUUUGUGUCUCGAGGAGGCUUUAUUCGCGUGAGGCUCUUUCGCACCUGCCAACGAGAUGUCUGCCCCAGAUGCUGCCCCAGAGGGUGAGGGGGGUCCACCCAAUGCACCCCCCAACCUCACCAGCAACCGUCGUCUGCAACAGACACAGGCCCAAGUGGAUGAGGUGGUGGAUAUCAUGCGUGUGAAUGUGGACAAGGUUCUGGAGAGAGAUCAGAAGCUGUCAGAGCUCGAUGACCGGGCAGACGCGCUGCAGGCCGGAGCAUCACAGUUUGAGAGCAGUGCAGCCAAACUGAAAAACAAGUACUGGUGGAAGAAUAUGAAGAUGAUGAUCAUGAUGGGCAUUAUUGGCAUCAUCUUAAUGGGUAUUGUUUUCAUGUACUUCUACUACUGAGCCUCUCUGGGGACACACAAGGACAGAAGACUCUGGCAGCAGGGCCCGAGAUUUGUGUGAACUCCACCCCUCCUUUUCUCCCCACCAAUGUCUUUCAUUGAAUCCACAGUGUGUGCGCAGUCAUUGACGCAGUGCCUCUCCCUCCCUUUGUCUGUCACUGCAUUUCUUUGUACCUCUCUUGAGUGCUUCUGCAACAGUGACCGAGCUUACUCCAAAACUCCUUCGGCUAGGAAUAUCUAUGGUUUUAGAUUUGAGAAUGUCUUUGGUCUUUUUCGGGCCAAAAAUUAGUGAUGCAAUAAUAUAGAUUUGUAACAUUUUUGUAGUCCAAAUGAAUCAAUGAUUAAAUAAAGAGGAAAAGGAAUCCGAAAGAUCAUUAAGUUUGAGUUUAAGAAUAGGCCAAGUAACACAUUUAUGCACAGAUGCCAAAUGCCACCACUUUACCUAGAAAUGGCCAGUGUGGUCUUAUUGUUACAAUUUCAUGGGUUAACAAAGUGAAACUGCAAUAAGAGAUAUUAGUCUAAUUUGAAUGAAAUUGACUUCUUUGAUUCCGUUCAAAGAUGCUUAUUUUUCCUUUCAUGUACCCUCAUACCCGAGCGACCUCAAAAACACUGAAUGAUGUUAGACAGAGGUAGAGAUCUGUUACCAUGAGUAUUAAAUGUCUAAGAGUGACAGUGCAAAUCUAGUAUCGGCCAUUUCCUUCCAUAUCAUAAUAAAAAACAUUUCAUGGAUAUGGGACUAGUAUCGUUAAUUGAAUUCUUGGGGCUUAAUUUCAAAGAAUCCAAAUGUUUAGGGGAAAGGUUGGAUGAUGUUCUUUGUACUUGGAGUCAGCAGUCCACAUAGAGGGGAAUAUCUGAUCAUAGAUUGGCACUCAUGUGCUUUUAUGCAUUAUUAAUGUCAGCCAAAAGAUCAGUGGAAUCAUGGAGGAAAAACUAGGACUGAAAUCAAUUACAUAACAUGGUAUACAAUUAAGAUCACAACACAUGGUGUAAAAUAAAGAUACAUUUAAAUAUUCAAGCAGUGACCACAAUUAAAUAUGAGGUAUUACAGCUACUUUGAUUUGAAUAUAUGGUAUUAUUUGUGUGCACGCACGUGUUUUUUUUUCCAAUGUCUUCACUAUUUUUCACUGAUGCUUAUUGUAAUAUUGUGGUCACACAAAUUACAUUUCCAUAUGUUGUGGAUUUAUUUAAUGAUAAAUUAAACAUUUUGUUAUGUUAGUUAGGCUAUAAUGAACUAAUGUUUAAGUCAGUGGUUCUCAAACACAAAUCAAUCUCAAACUUUAACAAAGUGAAACCACAAUAAGAGAUAUUAGUGUAAUUUUAAUUAAACCAAACACAUUAAAUUAUACAAUACUGGAACAUCAAUUCUGUUGGUUGGUAGCCUUAUUUCUCUGAUGUUUGAUUACACAGAAUUUAUGAUCAAUUCUAUAUUUCAUAAAAUGUAACAGAUUGUCAUAAAAUAGAAAUAGUAUUGUGUUGAAACUGAUACUUUCAGAAAUGUUUGUUUUGGAAAAGUGCAGCAAAAGUCAAUAAUAUUGAACAUUAAUUUACUAUUUCCAUAGUAGAUGAAUAUUGAACAUUUAAUUUACAUACAUUUAAUCAGAAUUUGCAUUCAACCCAUUACAUUUUGAUGUGGUAAUAAAAUACGCUUUUUUAAGCACU